UGGAACUGUGAGAUCUGCAGUCGGUUGCAUCGUCGUAUAACUAUAAUUCAUAUAAGGUAUAACUUUAAUUUAUUCUUAAAAUCAUGGCAAUGAGCAUAAGAAAACUUUGCAAACCGAAUAUAGGCCUGAUAAACAAUUUAUUCAGUAAAACUCAGGUUUUAAGUGGGGCCCGGUUUAUAUAUUCGGAAAAAUCUUUAGGUGUGACUUCAUACGAACACACAAGAUUUCUUUUUCGUAAUCAAUUUAUAGCAAUAGAAGAUACAUUUCGCAGUAAAAUGGAAGACGUUUCUAAUAAAGAGGGUGGAGUGAUAUUCACUGAAGAUAUAAAAGCUAUGUUACAUUUAGCACAAAAGGCUGAUUCAGCGGUAGUAAAUAAAAUGAUAGAGAAAUAUGUUCAAUGCGAUCAAACGAUGAAGUUUGGUACAUAUACGUUUGGGCCAAUAGUAAUGCGAAUGUAUUAUUAUUUAAACGAUCCUCAUGCUGCAUUAGCUGUAUUUAAGAAUCCUGUUUUGGAAGAAUUUUUUCUUCAGAAAACAUCUUAUCAAAUUUUGAUGACUUUGUUAUAUAAUAAUAAAAUGUACCAGGAAGUAAAAGAUGUAUAUGAGCACAUUUUAAAUGCUGAAAAUCGUCAUGGUUUAUCAAAGUUUUGUUUGGUUGGAGCGAUGGUCGCGUGUUAUAAACAGAAUACUCCAGAAGCAUUAGAAGAUGCUUUGAGAUAUUGGAAGUCGUUGAAGACAUAUGGAUAUUAUCCUUCGACUAGAAGUACUACAUUAUUAGCAGCUUUAGCAUUGCAUCAAGGUUCAGUUCAGAUGGCAUUGGAAAUAUUAGCUACAUUAGACAGACAACACUUCAUAGAUUGCAGAUGUCUUAAAGUACUAGCAUUUAUACGUUUAAAGAAAUUUGUACAAAUAAUUCCUAUCAUCAGACAUGUAUUGGAAUCAGAUUAUAGUAAUCGUAAACUAACAUUCUAUGCUGACGUGAUCUAUGCACUUGAAGAGAGCUUAAAGGAGGAGAAUUCGAAAGAAUCGUUAGAAUUACAGCAGUUAAUUAUACAACUUAAACAAGAGGAACGUCUUACAUCUCACAUUACUUUAGACGAAAGCUUGCUUAAACCUAUACACUUUCAAACGAGGAGUGAUCGAGAGAAACUAAAAGACAAUUCAAAUAUGCAAGAUUCGAAUAAUAGAAUAUCGGGAAGGAGUCAGAUAUAAUCAUUUUUUUUUGUACAACAGUAUUAGCUGUUAAUAAAUAUUAUUAAGAAACAUAUGAAUUUCAUCGGUUCUGCAAUUCAUUCAAAUUAUUGUGAAAUAAGUAGUACUGCAUACGAUAUAUUAAUUAUUGUGUAAUAUUGCAAUUGUAUAUUUAAUCUUAAUUAUAAAGUAAUACUAUUUACAUAAGUCUGUAUCAUUUUUUUUUUU